AUGAACGCUUUUGGACACCAACCAUCUAACCAGCAGACCAGCCCUAUUCAGCACCACAGCGCUCAGGAGCUCCUGGACAUGGCCGUGUACUGCGACAACUACGGUGUGUACCAACAGAACCUCCACCACCAUCAUCCUCAGAGGCCGCCCACGCACCCCUCUAGCUACGGCCUCGGAGAGUACACGUCUCCGUCCGCGAACCCUUACUUAUGGCUGAACGGACCCAGCAUAAACUCCUCUCCUUAUCUCCCCGGGAACAACAGCACGUCCUACAUUCAGUCUGGAUACGGGUCGAACCAGAGGCAGUUUUUACCACCUCCCACCGGGUUCGGUGGGGCAGACCUGGGGUGGCUGUCCAUAUCCAGCCAGCAGGAACUCUUCAAGAUGGUCAGACCACCUUACUCAUACUCAGCACUGAUAGCGAUGGCCAUACAGAACGCCCAAGACAAAAAGUUGACUCUGAGUCAGAUCUAUCAGUAUGUGGCUGACAACUUUCCUUUCUACAAGAAGAGCAAAGCUGGAUGGCAGAAUUCAAUCCGUCACAAUUUAUCGCUGAACGACUGUUUCAAAAAAGUGGCCCGGGACGAGGAUGACCCCGGUAAAGGAAACUACUGGACACUGGACCCCAACUGUGAGAAGAUGUUCGACAACGGCAACUUCAGGCGGAAGAGAAAAAGGAGAGCUGACUUAAGCGGAGCUGACAAUCCCCCUCUCCCCGUAAAGUCAGAAGACGGCCCACACAAGCUCUCCGACACCGCCAGCCUGUUGAGUUCCUCCCCGCCCAGUCUGCACGGAUCCCCGGCCUCCACGGAACCCAAGUCGUCUUCGCCGCCUCCCUCCGCGGAGCACAGCCCAUGUUUCAGCAGCUUCGUGUCCAGCGUGAACUCGCUGCUGUCGGGCAGCGGCAGCACCGAAGGCUCCCGGGGCGGGGAGCGGGACUACGGCUCCGGGCACCUGGGGGGAUUGUCUCAGACCAGAGAGGGCAUGUCUGGACUGGGCUCCUACUCGCCCACUUUAAUCUCUCCUCUGAACUCUGACAACAACAGAAUUAAUUAUUACACAUCAGUACAGAGCCUCUCCAACCAUUUCAGUGUUAAUAACCUAAUAUACAACCGGGAAGGAACAGAGGUGUAGACUGUCUGUCUGUAUCAGUGCUGGGCUGUUUACAGAAAAAUAAGUAAUUUAUCACUCAUUGUUAGCCUUUACAUUUCAUAUGUAGCCUACUGUUAUUACUUAUUACUCAUUUACUGGUUUGGUAGGCCUAUC